AUGAUAAAUUUCUCGCUUCUGCUGUCAGCCGUUGGCUUCAGGAUUCGUUUAGAUUGUGCUCGGUUGCUAGUCGCCCGUCGCUGGUUCUUCAGCCAGCACACUAUUGAACGAUGGGCUGGUGCCAUCUGGCCUGAGACAAGGGGCGUUCUAGCUCUCAGUCAGCCGUGGCGCAACUCAAUCAAGCCAUAA